GAUGCAGGGAUUACCACAGGGCAGGAACGCAGAGCAUAUCGGAGCAUAGCAAUAAUGUGUGGUUCAUAAAGGGCUAUACGGAUGAUGACAACGAUGACUUUCUGGCCUGACUUUGAGCCAUUGUUCUAACUCUAUAUUUCUUCGUUCUGAGAUGCGGACAUGACUGCACGUCGUCUCCUUCGUCCGCUGACCCUUCGGCGGUAUCACUCGAGCUUACAACAUGGUGCAGCACCAAGGCCGUUGACGUCGGUUCUGGUUGCGAAUCGUGGAGAGAUUGCACUUCGUGUUCAGAAAACGGCGUCGCUUCUCGGAAUUAAGUGCACUACCAUUUACACCGAUCCGGAUGCGCAUUCACAACAUGCUUUGGCCUCUCCCUAUGCGAUAAAUCUUGGGGAUCCGGGGGCAUACCUGGAUGGGGAUCGCAUAAUUGAAGCAGCGAAAGCUGCAGGAUGCGUUGGCGUACAUCCCGGAUACGGAUUUCUGAGCGAGAACUCGAAUUUUGCUCGUCGAUGUACCGAGGCAGGUUUGAUAUUCAUCGGACCUCCAUGGAAAGCAAUAGAAGAAAUGGGCGACAAAAGUCAGUCGAAAAAUAUCAUGUCCGCUGCUGGGGUUCCCUGCAUUCCUGGCUAUCACGGCGGGAAUCAGAAUCCGGACUUUCUGAAAAGCGAGGCAGACAAAAUUGGGUAUCCCGUCCUGAUCAAAGCAGUCAAGGGUGGCGGGGGAAAGGGCAUGAGGAUUGCCAGAUCAGCAGCGGAAUUCCCGGACCAGCUGCAAUCGGCAAAAACAGAGGCACGCAACUCGUUUGGCGACGAAGUCAUGCUUGUGGAGAAAUACAUAACGCAGCCUCGUCAUAUUGAGGUGCAGGUCUUUGCAGACAAGCAUGGAAAUUGUGUUGCUCUUGGUGAACGAGACUGCAGUAUUCAACGCCGACACCAGAAGAUUUUGGAAGAGUCUCCCGCGCCAAAUCUGGACCAAUCGGUCCGCGAGGAUCUUUGGGCCAAAGCCAGAACAGCUGCUCUUGCUGUUGGCUACGAAGGUGCAGGAACGGUGGAAUUUAUAUUCGAUAAUGAGACCGGACAGUUCUUCUUCAUGGAGAUGAAUACCCGACUACAAGUCGAGCACCCUGUCAGCGAAAUGGUCACAGGAGAGGACCUAGUCCGCUGGCAAUUAUUGGUCGCUGAGGGAAAGGAAUUGCCUUUGACGCAAGACCAAAUUAGGGAGCGAAUAGCGCAAAGGGGAUGGGCAAUAGAAGCUAGAAUCUAUGCGGAAAACCCGGAUAUGAACUUUAUCCCCGACGCGGGUCUACUCACGCAUCUUAAGACGCCAGUAGCCUCUCCUACCGUUCGUGUCGAUGCGGGUUUCGUUGAAGGCGACGAAGUCACGUCGCACUACGAUCCGAUGAUUGCAAAGCUCAUAGUUCAGGCCGAGUCACGCGAUUCAGCAAUACAAAAGCUUCUUGCUGCUUUAGAAGACUACGAGAUCGCAGGUGCUACAACGAACAUUGAAUUCCUGAAGAGAGUAUGCGUUCAUCCGGCUUUCAUCAGCGGCGAUGUCGAGACUGGCUUUAUAGAAAAAUAUCGCAGCGCACUCUUCGCCAAAAGCGAGCUUGAACCAGAAGUCUUCGCACAAGCUGCGCUCGGUUUACUUCUCCGCGAAAUCUCCAGCCAGUCUGGCACGGUUGGCUUCGGUGCAGCUGGCACGGGCGUCGGAUUUGGAUCAAACUACCAGACGCGAAAAUUCUCAUUAGCCCAGAUGGCGCCAGACGGAAUCAAGACUGACGCUGAGACCGAUGUUGAAGUCGGGCAAGUCGGCCCCGGCACGUUCGAUGUCUCAAUAAAUGACGUACAAUAUCCAAGUGUUCUCAGCCAUUACGACCUCUCUACCAGAGUUCUAACAAGUUUCUACCCACAUACGCGUCUAGCGACGACGAUUGUACAAGACGGAGACAGUCUCGUUAUAUUUCAGCAAGGGCGGCAGUAUAAAUUACGCUGCAAGCCUCCAGGCUGGGCCGAAAAGGUACUCGGACUACACGAUAUUACGAAUAGUGUCCUCGCUCCGAUGCCUUGCAAAGUCCUUCGCGUCGAUGUAAAGGAGGGUGAUGCUGUGGUGAAGGACCAAGCACUGGUAGUUAUAGAGAGUAUGAAGAUGGAGACUGUCAUACGAAGUCCUCAUGAUGGAGUCAUCUCAAAGGUGGUACAUAAAGCGGGUGACUUGUGUAAAGCCGGCACGGCCUUAGUAGAAUUCGAAGAUACUGGAAAGUCGUAAAAUUAAUAUUGCGAAUACUCACAGUAGCCCAAGU